AUGACGCGCAUCCCUUCUCUAGUCGUUGUCGCACUUGCAAGCGUUGGCUUCGUCAACGCUCAGGGCUCUCUCGCCAGCUGGCACCCAGCAGGUCCAGGAGAAUCACGAGGCCCAUGCCCAAUGCUCAACACACUGGCAAACCACGGCUUCCUCCCUCGCGAAGGGCGUAACUUUACGCUUCCCCAAAUCAAACACGCCCUGGGAAACGCCAUCAGCGUCGGCGAUGACAUCUCAGAGUUGCUGUACAACUUUGCGCUGACGACGAACCCCGGCCCGAACACAACGACUUGGGGGCUUGACACGCUCGGCAACCACAACAUCUUGGAGCAUGAUGCUAGUCUGAGCCGCUCAGACAAGUACUUCAAUGACGAUGCCAUCUCCUUCAAUUCCACCAUCUACGAUCAAACCCGUGCCUACUGGACCGAUGAUCUCAUCGACAUCCAAAUGGCCGCUAACGCCCGUCUCGCCCGCAUGAUCGAUUCGGUCAAGUACAAUCCCAAGUUCGCUUUGUCAGAGCUGGCUGCAGACUUCAGCGCGGGCGAAGGCGCUGGGUACAUGCUCGUCUUCGGCAACAAGACGGAGAAGACGGCGAGGCGUGAUUUGGUGGAGUACUUCUUCGAGAACGAGCGCUUGCCGACGGAGCUGGGCUGGAAGGCCCCUGACGAGGUGAUCAGCCUGGACGAUCUUUUGGGCUUUUCCGACGAUAUCUACAGUGCGACUUCGUACGACGCUCUCGAGACGAAGGAAGCCAUAAUGCGCAGGAACGGUAUGGUGGGCAGGGUAUUCUAG